AUGGAAGCAUUCUUAGCAGCAUUAAAGCGAUUUUUUGCGAGACGGGGAAAAGCGGCUCACAUGUUUUCCGACAACGUCAAGACCUUUGUUGCAGCUGCCCGUGAAUUGCGCGAAUUACACAGGUCAUUCAUUCAAGUCACAACCAAUCCCGUUAUCCGGGAGUACAUGGUGACCGAACAAAUAAAUUGGCAUUUCAUACCACCACGCGCCCCUCACUUUGGCGGAAUUUGGGAGGCCGCGGUAAAAUCUCACUUAAUUAUAGUAGUUGGUAAGACGGUAUUAACGUUUGAAGCCAUGAAUACUUAUUUAGUCGAAAUAAAGUCCAUAUUAAACUCGCGUCCUAUCACUCCACUAUCCUCCGACUCGAGGGACCUAUCCGCCCUCACCCCUAGUCAUUUCCUCAUCGGUGACGUAACAGCAAAUAUUCCGGAGCCGAUCGUACCUCAGCUGCCAGCGAACAGGCUGAAGAUGUGGUCACACGUCCAGCAAAUGAGACAACAUUUCUGGACGCGCUGGCACAAGGAAUAUUUGCACCAGUUAAAUGUUCGCAGCAAAUGGCACAACAACAAACCCGUGGAUGUAAAAAUCGGCACUUUAGUGAUCGUCAAGGAGGACCACCUACCGCCCCACUGCUAG